AUGAUCAACUCUUGGCUUUCGGGAUCAAAGAAAAAUAAGGAACAACGUGCAACGUCUCCAACACCACCACCUCCACCACCACCACCUGCCAAGUCAUCUCCACCUUUGACAUCCCAACGCAAUGAACCCAAAUCAGGCGUGCUGCUUAUUCGUGUAUGCGAUGCGCAAGGAUUGACGCUUCCUGAAGGGAUCGAGCAUAAGGCAACGACUCCAGCACGUAGUGCAGCUUCAAAUAACCGAGACUCGUUGACAAGGAAACAAAAUUGGUGGCUACCCUACGUUGUAUUGGAAUUUGACAGGAAUGAACUCCUUGUGGAUGCUCUAGGAGGGGAUGCCACCAACCCUAUUUAUCAAUACCGGGCCCAUUUUGAUGUGUCACGGAGCUCAGAAAUGUCGAUAUCUAUCUAUAUGCGCCAAUCAACUCAAGAGGGAACACCUGCUAGAGGUACCAACGAUUGCUUCCUUGGCUUUGUCAAGGUGCGUCCCAACUUCGAGAGCAACAAGGUGGAGGAUCAGUUUUUGGAAAUUACUGGUGGCACCGGUGUGAUUCACGUGCAGCUUUGUUAUAAACCAGCUCAACAAAGCCAACGUAUAGCCAUUGAUUCAUUUGAGCUACUAAAGGUUAUUGGCCAGGGCAGCUUUGGAAAGGUGUAUGUGGUGCGCAAGAAGGAUACGAAUCGGAUCUACGCCAUGAAAGUGCUACGCAAAUCGCACAUCAUUUCACGAUCGGAAGUGACACACACGAUGGCAGAGAAGACGGUGUUGGCUCAAGUGAGAAAUCCUUUCAUUGUUCCGCUCAAGUUUGCAUUCCAAUCACCCGAGAAGCUAUAUUUGGUAUUGGCUUUUGUCAAUGGCGGAGAGUUAUUCCAUCAUUUGCAAAUGGAAGGGAAGUUCAGCGAGGAGCGAUCUCGGUUUUAUACGGCUGAAUUAUUAAGUGCCCUCGAGUGCCUUCAUGGUUUCAAUGUCAUUUAUCGGGAUUUGAAACCAGAGAAUAUUUUAAUUGAUUACAAUGGACAUAUUGCGCUAUGUGAUUUUGGAUUGUGCAAGCUCAACAUGACCGACGACGAGCGAACCAACACCUUUUGCGGCACACCCGAAUACCUUGCACCGGAGCUCUUAUUGGGUCAAAGCUAUACAAAGGCAGUCGAUUGGUGGACCCUUGGCGUGCUGCUAUACGAGAUGAUGACGGGCCUUCCACCGUUUUAUGAUCAAGAUACCAAUGAAAUGUAUCGCAAAAUCCUUCAGGAUGAGCUGCGAUUCCCCGAGGAUAUGUCACAAGAGGCACAAAGCUUAUUGCGAGGCCUUCUUACACGUGAUCCAGAUGAGCGAUUAGGCAACAAUGGAUCAGAGGAAAUUAAGGACCAUCCGUUCUUUGCAAGUAUCGAUUGGCGUAAGCUAUUGCAGAAAAAAGUACAACCACCUUUCAAGCCUACGAUUGAAAGCGCGUUCGAUACAUCGAAUUUUGAUGACGAGUUUACAUCCAAAGAGCCAAACGAAUCCGCACCUGAUGAAUCACAUAUUUCAAGGACGAUGCAGGAGCAAUUUGCUGGGUUCACUUACAAUCCUGCUGGAGAUGGAGUCAUGAGUGAAAGUUUCAAUCCAUCUACGCCUGGUGUUGGACAUAGCAGUGGUACACGAUGGUAG